AUGUACAGACGUCUGUCAAGCCCGAAGAACUUGGUGUCGAUGUCAAAAACAUCCGACAGACCAAGGCAGGGGAAGUUCUCCUCGAAGAGCCUCAGAGGCUGCAUCCAAGCCUUCAUAGAGUUGGAUGAUGCGCCAGCUGCCAGAUUGGAGAAAGCGGGUAGAUUAAAGGUGGGAUGGGUGAGUUGCCAGGUGAAAGCAUUAACUGCGGAAACCCGGUGCUACCGCUGCCACGAGUUUGGACACAUAGCCCGAGACUGUGAAGGAGAAGACCGGAGCAAAAUUUGCUGGCGGUGCGACGAAGAAGGACAUAAGUCGUCAGUCUGCCAAAACCUGGCAGCACGGCUUUCGCCUUCGUCCUUCAAGAAGAAAGUCUAA